AGAGGCUCGAGGUUCAAUCAGAACACCUGCGGAGGAGGAAGAAGAGGACAAAAUAAACUGACACCAACUCAACUGCAACAUGGGGAUAUCUGUAUCUUUUUUGUUUUUAGCUUUGGGAUUAAUACAUCCUAUCAAUAUGUCGUUUCCUGUCCUUCCUGAAGAUUUGGAGGGAUCAGGAUAUGACCUUGACAGUUCUGGCUCUGGGGAUUGGUCACAACAAGGUGAAAUGGAAAACAGUGAGUAUCACCCCAACAGCAAAGAUGUCAGAACGUUUACAGCAAACGCAGGAGGUGGAACCAAGAAUACGCUCCAUGCUUCUUCAGUCCUGAACUUUGACGGUGCACACAAAGACAGCGGAUUAGGAUUUGUUGUUGUGGCAAACAGCAAGCGUUUCUUGGAGAACAAAGAAAUCUUUGCUGCUGUUAUUGCAGGUGGCGUAACAGGAGUGGCACUUGCAGCUGCACUGGCAGCACUAUUAAUCUACAGAUGGCAGAAGAAAGAUAAUGGAGGAUACAUUCUGGGCCAGCAGAGGGUUUAUCACAGACCUGACAGGGAACAAGUUGUUGUUUAACUUAAAACUUUCAGAAUAAUGUUUGUGUUCGAAGGCAGUGAUUCUCAAUGUAGGGUCCAGGGACCCCCAGGGGUAUGUGGCACUCUGCCAGGGCGUCUUUGUAAAGUUUUCAAAUUCUUUCAUUUAAAUUAUCAUGAUAUUAGUCUGGAUCAACGACAGUUCAUUUACCGGAUAGUUUGCGGCGCUGCCGGUAGUUCCGCCGGAUGUCCCUCACCUUCUGCUUUCUUUGUGUUUACAUUCUAAACUCCGGUCACUUUGAGAGCAAAUUACGUUAAACCAUGUAGCUAGAUAAUUUAAACCGCUCACGUUACUGUAUUGUGUGAACAGUUAACUCAAUUUAAUAUUGUAUGUGGCGUUUUCUUUAGCGGGGUGCAAAAGUUUCGUCAAAACAAGUUCCUUCCCUGGAGUAUUUUGCAGAGCCUCCGUCGCUCCGUGUGGAGCCUAGCGCAGCCCAAGACCAUUGUGAUUGGUUUAAAGAAAUGCAAACAACCCCAACCGUUUUUUUCUCCUAUCCAGGAGUUUAUUUUUUUACAAAAGCCUUCAUAGUUCAACAAAUAUUAUUUGAAUUUUUAAAUCUAUAAUAAUAACUACUAUAAAAAUUACUUUUUAAUCAAACAAACCUGUAACUCUUAGAAUCUGCAAAUAUGUCAAAUAAUAAAUUUCCAUUUUGUUGUUCUUUUACAUAACUGAGACUAUAGAAGUGUAAAAAAUAUUCUACAUUGAAUCAGUCCAAGGGGACAUACACAUGGCGGUUUGGUCUCUAUCUAACGGGUCCUUGAGAAUUGAGAAGCUUCUGUUCUAAGGUGUUCUAGGGUUCUCGCACUUAAUGCAUAUGUUUUUGCAGUUCAUUUAUAAUUUAUUUACAGUAUAUUAUUGACAAAAUAUUAAGAAUUAUCUUUAUUUACUAUCUUUAACAACGAUUUGAUUUGAGAUUGCUUGAUUGUACACAGGGCCAUUGUAAGUAACACUGAGGAUACUACUCAGUUUAACUUUUUGUGGAAAGUGUAGUCAGCCGGUGCAUAUAAUCUUAUAUGACUUGUGUUUAUGGUUGAAAGAAGAUGGUCAAAGCUGCACUGUGUGAUUAAUUAAUUAUUAACCAUGUAUAAUACACUUUGCUAUGUUAUUGUUUUAAAGUGGCAGCUUUUUUCAAAACAUUUUUGUAGCAUUUAAGACCUAGAGUAACUUCCCCAGAAUGGUUUUAUACAGAAAAUGCUUGUCUUUUCAUGGAAGAUAUUUUGACAUGUAACAGUAGAAAAGCACAGAUGUAAAAAAUAAAAUAAAAAAUAAGAAUGAUGGCUGUUUCAUUCCAUUUAGCUGCCUUCGUUUCAUGGUGCUGGUAUUGUGCAUGCUGGCUCACUGUCACACUGUCACAUCUCACUGGGAAACUUGAAUAGAACAGAGCCAUUAUUAACCUCAUCAGUAACAGUGCUUUUCCUACUAUGACAAGUCAAAAUGUCUGCUAUGAACAUCUCCCCUUUGUUACAUACCAGGUGUAACAGGGCCUAUCAAAGCUGCAUGCAGGACUAAUGCAUUUUUCUAAAAUCCUGUCUACAGCUCUGGUUGUACCAAAAAUAAUUGAUCCAGUGUGACAAAAACCCUCAGUGUGAUCCCCCAUUACAGUCAGAGAAAUAGUCCAUGUGAUAUGAGAUAUGAAUGAAGAAUCUGGAGGAAACUCAUUUGAGGGUGUAUAUUAAAUGUAAAUAACAAUGAAUUAUAAAUUUAUGAAUUAUGAUCAGCUGCUACUAUAUAACAUAUUAUCUCGUCUACAUGUGCCGUGAAAUUAUAUUUUUACUAUUUGUAUAUUCCAUAAUUCUUAAUGAAUAAAAAAAAUUAGUUUUAUCCUCAA